UUUCAGUUCGUUUCAGAAUAUUCAACUGCUCUGCUGCUGGUCGCGCGCUCUCGUCACGUCACGUAGAAUAAUUUUUUUCAUUUUUUACUAGCGACAAGGAACUGAAUUAAAAUUUUUAUUGAGAAUUGUGAAAAUUUUUUGUGUUGUUUUUCGGUUCUUUUUUCACACAGUUAAAAAAUAAAAAUAAAACAAUUUUGCGGACAUAAAUUCGAGGACUGAAAAAAAUUAAAUAAAUAAAUGACAAAGGAAUCAAGUUUUGUAUGAUAAAAAGGAAUAAUCAUAUGAUAUUAAUUUUUGUAUACAUUUGUGAUUAGGUCAAUAGAAUUGAUAUUGACAGAUACAGUGAAAUAAAACAGUGAGGAAUAAUUAAGGAUUAUUGACAAGACAAAAACUGUGAAAAUUCAGUGAAAAACUAUCCAAAAAAAAAACAGUGAAAAUAAAUAAUAAAAAAGAAAAUUAGUGUUCAAUUGUUAUCAGCAACAUUACAAGAGAUGUUGAAUAAGAAAAUAUGCAUGAUAACUUUGAGAAUUGCCAACAAAAUUUUUCAUCAUUAAUUUUGAUUUCACCACAAAACGCACAACAAACGAAGAAAAUAAUUUUUUGUGAAUUGAUAAAAUAGAGAAGCACAAGACAUAUCGUAAAUUAAUUUUAAUAAUACACACAGACAAAUAAAUAAAAAGAGAGCAAGAUAUUAAUUUAGUGACCAGAAAAGUGUUACGAUUUUAAUAAACUUGAAAAAUAAAAAAAGUAAAAAAAAAUAUUAAUAAAACCGUGGAAAAUAGGAUAAAUGCGCGAGAAUAAAUUUAACAUUAUGAAAGUUUUCUUUGUGUGUACGCGUAUAUCAUCAUAGGAAUUAUAAAAUUUGUAUCACAAGAAUAUAAACUUAGUAGACAUUUAAUUUGAAAUUAAGACAAACGAAAAAAAAAAAAAUUGUUCAGUGAAAAAGAAAAAGUCAUUAAAAAUGGAUAUGACAUCAACAGCUGAGGCGAGUCGCUGGUACGGUAAUCAAAGAUUGCCAGGCUCACCAAACACAGCAUUAGCUCACCAGAAUGCAGGCGCUUCAGCAGGAGGUAGCGUUGAUGCAUCAGAAAUGAGUGCUUAUUAUGCAUUAGAAAACAGCAAUGCACAUCGGAGAUAUUAUUCUGCAGCUGCCGGCUACAGUCCACACACAUCAAGAAUGCCCUCAUCACACGUUUCAACGCCACAAGUAUGCAGACCACAUUUUCAUGCACCACUACCGUGGUCGUUGAGUGAUCCGCCAAAGCCUUUAUCAUCCAGCGGUGCGUGGGGAUCACCAUUUGCAUGUCCGCAAGAUCCACAGGAUAGUAAAUUAGUUGGACAAAUUCAAAAUAGUCAGAGUAGUAGUGGGCAACAUUUAUUUUCAUUUCCACCAACACCACCGAAGGAUUCAACACCUGAUUCAGUACAAACAGGACCGACGGACUAUCAAGCCGCUGUAAAUGUAUUUAUGCAUCAAGCUCAAGCAUCCACAAAUAGCCAAUUAAAUGGAACUGAUACUAGCUCAAGUUGUGGUCUCGACGUUAAACCGUGCCUGUCAGGUAAUGCUGGCAAUGGUAAUAACAAUGCACAACAAUCACAACAAGCGCCAAAACAACGUGAAGGUACGCAUCAAUCGCAGAGUACUAGCAAUAGUCAAAAUACUAGCAAUAAUAAUACAAAUAGCAAUUCAAAUAGUCAAAAUUUAAAUAAUCACUCGUCCGUACAUAAUAAUAAUAAUACUAGUAGUAGUAAUAAUACGACAACUGCACACCACCAUCAUCAACAAUCCCAACAACAGCAGCAACAGCAACAACAACACGGCAGCAGCCUUUUUGAUUCAUCACAUCAAGCUGCUGCUGUUGCCGCUGCCGCUUCUUAUGGUGCCUAUGAAAAUAGCUAUCUCGGCUAUCCACAAUCGACCAACAGCGUAUUUCAAUCAAAUAUACGCUCAUCGACGAUGAAUAACAAUAGUCCAUCAUCGAACCAUAAACCGCAACGCACAAAAGCGAGAACAAGUGCCGAAGGUAGAGAGUGUGUAAAUUGUGGUGCAACAUCGACACCACUUUGGAGAAGAGAUGGAACUGGACAUUAUUUGUGCAAUGCCUGUGGAUUAUACUAUAAAAUGAAUGGACAGAACCGUCCACUUAUCAAACCUAAACGAAGACUUAAACUACAGUCACUACAAAGUGCAGCACGUCGUGCUGGUACAUCCUGUGCAAAUUGUAAAACGACAACAACAACACUUUGGCGAAGGAAUCAAGGUGGUGAACCUGUUUGCAAUGCCUGUGGACUUUAUUACAAAUUACAUAAUGUAAAUCGACCAUUAACAAUGAAAAAAGAAGGAAUUCAGACACGAAAUCGUAAGCUGUCAUCAAAAUCAAAAAAGAAGAAGGGUGUUGGUGGAUGUCUACCGAUUGGCAGUCAUUUAGGUGAUUUAAUGAAACCUCUUGAUUCAAAACCAUUCCCCGGUGGAUUCUCAACUUCAAUGGAUUGUUUAUAUCAAUUCACAGGACAACAUGGGCACUUAUCAGGUGGACUACAUCCUGCACAUACACACAUGCAUGGCGGUUGGUCUGGAUGGCCAGGUGCAUUAGGUGCAUCAAGUAGUUUACAAAGUGGAUUUGCUACAGCUGGUUCAUUAGGCGGCGGUGUAGUGCCUCAUUCGCAAUCGUAUCAUCUAGGGCUCAACUCAAUGGGUGCAUGGCGAUCAGAAUACACAUGAUGGAAUAGCUCACAAUCAAUAGCAGCUGCAGCGGCUGCAUCAGGUCAUCACAGUUAUGGCAACACAUUGAAUAAUAUAAAUAGUAAUAACGAUAUUCUAAUGAAUACUAAUCAUAAUUUAUUUGAAUUAAAUAACAAUUUAAUUGAUAACUGUAGUGAUACGUCGACUUCAAAAUUACAAAUUACACCAACAACAGCAACAAGUCAUGAAGUACAAAAUAUUAUUUCCAUACAAAAUAAUUAAAUUUUCCUUUCAUUUCUAUACUUAAAUCCCUGUCCCUCCUCACCCCUCACCCCCUCAAAAUUACAAGAAACAAGAAUGAAAACAUUGUAUAGCUUAAUGGACCUUUUUCGCGCAACAUUUUUUGGUUAAUGCAUUACAUAGAAAAAGUUUUGUAUUCAUUUUACACUUCAACAGUAAGAAACUUGCUUUAUUUGUCGCCUGAAGCGCGAAGGAAGUUGCAACUUUAGUUGUACAUUGUAUAUUGUAUAUGAAAAAGGCAAAGAAAAGGACGAAAGAGCGGGAUUGCUGGACUUACAUAGUUGAAUAAUUUUACCAUUUCCAUUAAAAUGGGAAAUUAAUUUUAAUAUGAUAAUUUUUUUCUAUUGAGCCGGCGGAGGCUAUUUUGAAUAUUAUACGCAUGGUAAUAAGGAGAGAAUAUUUUUUUUUUGUUUUCGUAGCAAUUUCCUGAAAAUAUUUUUCUUGUAAGUCUUUUAAUGGUAUAUUUGUACUUCUACAAUAUAUUUAUUAAUGAUGAAAGGAAAAAUAAUAUAAACAUGUAUAAAAGUAGGACGUACAUAAAUUCACAUUAAUGCAUGAAAUAAAUAAAAAUGUUCAUUUUUUUGUGAACGAAAAAAAAUGGCAAUUGCAAAUUAAAUGAAGCCAUGCAACAAAACUAUUUGCCCUCUACACAUGCUGAAUAUUGCAAAUCACUCAAUUGGAACCUUUUAUUUCGCUUUAAUGUUUGUUAUGUUUUGUUCUCACUUUGUUCGUCGUUAAUUCAAUGAAACUUCAUUAAAUAUGGAACUACUGUGUUGAAGGUUUCAACGUAUUUGUGAAAUUUGAAUUUUGCUGAAUUCAGCAAAACUAAGAUCCAAUCUGCUGCAGAUUUGAUCUUUGUUUUGCUGAAUUCAACUGAUUUGAUCUUCGUUUUGCUUAAACCAGCUGAAUAAAGUUUGAAUUUCCCUGAAUUUAACCGAAUUAAGUCUUAAAAAUAUGAAUUAGACACUUAUUAUAGUCAAAUCAUGAGCAACUUAGUAAAGUAAAGCUAGCUAAAGCUCAAUACCAUCAAAGCUCAUCAACAAGUCCCCCCAAAAAAAUCAGUUUUCUUCAUCUAAAUGGUUUGAUUUCAAUUCAUAAAACAACAAAAUGUUCGCGUAAAACAAUCGCUAAUUAAUAUGAUUAAAGAAUCAUGCAUAAAACAUUUUCCACAAUGAUUUAAUGUCCAAAAAGUGCUUAAAAUUUUUUCAUGCUUUAAUGAAGAAAGUAGGAAAGAAAAAUUGAAAAAUAUUUCAUAAAAAGAAUUUAAAAUUCAAAUUUUCUCUCUUUACAAAUUAUAAAUAUUUUUUUUGGGAAACAACGAAAAAGCCACCGUCACUAAGCUAUUUUUAUUUGCCGAAUUAAACUGCUCUAGCUACCGCUAAAUUCACACAGUUAACAAAAAUGCCGCGCAUGAAAUAAUAAUUGAAGUCUCUUUCUUUUUUGUACACAAUAUUAAAGUGGUCUCAUGAGCACCGAGCAAAACAUAAAAGAAUUUUAAUUUAAUUCAAAUAUAAACAUCCUACUGUUUUCAUAAAGAAAUACUUAAUUUUUGACUUACUACAUUUUGUUUUGUUGUCUAUGUUCUCCCCACCUGAAAAUAAAACAUUAAAAAAAUGUUUUUAAUGCAAUUAAAAAAUUAAUUAAUUACCCACUUUCCUAUUAACGCAACAAAUUACUUUGAUAUUGAAGUUAUGAAUAAAUUCAAUUUUCAAGCAUCCAGCAAAUUUCAUUUUGAUGAAUACAAUGAAAAUAACAUAAAUUAGUGUCAGAAAUUAUUAAGCGUUUUGGAUAUGAAUUAAAAGUUUUCUCUCCUACCUACCAAAAAAAAAAAAAAUGAAUGAUAAGCAGCAAUGUUUUAUUUAAAAUUUCUUCAGUCAAUGAAGAAUGUGCCAGAUACAAGCAUAUACAUGAUAAACUAUGUGUAAAUGUAUUUUUAAUUAUUUUAUAUAUGAAUAAUGUUAAAUAAGGUGCAAUUUUUAUUUACCUCUCGUGUCCCUCUCGCUUGAGUGAUGGAUUCUUUUUGUAUAGAUUUGUUUGUGGAUCAGGUUAUGGUUAUACUGUGUUUAAAACUUAUCUAUUUGAAUAACUUCAAAUAAAUGAUUGUCUUUGCUAAUAGUGAAAGAUUCUGCUAAGUACGAGUACCUUAGAUGGCAACUGAAGCACUUAAUAACUGUAAAACUAAGUUGAAGAGACUUUGAUCCAUUAAAAAUCUCUGAAUAUAAUCCAUUACUCAAAUCCUUCCUACAAUUGUCCAUUCUGGGGUUUGGCGUUACAAAAAUCAUCACAUCUAUCUCCUUUGUGACUUUUUUCUAUGAACACUAAAACAAAAAAAAGUUUAAAACACAUAAAAUAGUUGUAAAUCAUUCAUAAGAAAAUUGAGGUUUUGAGGAAUUUUUAAAGAAUUUUUUAAAGCUGAGAAAAAGCUAAUUAGAUUUUAGAUUUUUGGGCAAUUUAGCUAAGCUUGGAUACCUACUACAGUAAAUCUUCAUAAAAUGAAAGUUUAAGUUUAAUAAGGUUUUUUGUGGUUAAGUUUUAUAGAAAAAAACCAUUCAAGUUUAUUUUAAAAAAAAGAAACUCGAAGAAAAGACCGACAUUUGAUCAAUUCCGUAUUGUACAAAUUUUUUAAGGAGCCAUUUCUCUACGAAUUCAGAUUCAAGUCUUUAACCACAAGGUUGGGUGGGAAUCUCAAAUUGGCUUGAACUCAAGAAGACCCACCCAGAGAACUCAACUAGCUUGUCCAUUGAAGACUGCAAAUAUUUUCAUGAGCACAAAGCAGCCUGAUAUGAGCAAGCUAGUGAAUAAUUAAAUAUUAAAAGUUCAUCAAAAGUUUUAGUUUAAAAAUUCAAAAAAAACCGUAGCUUUUGAAAUUCUUAAAAUUCCUCAAUAAUCCAGAAUAAAAAAAUCAUUAAAAUUGAAGAAAAAAGGAAAAAAAAAUCAGAAAUAUUUUAAAAAAUGAAGAAAAAAAAUCAUAAUUGAUGCCAUAAAAUAGUAGACUGUAUUUUACUAAAUGUGUAGUUACAUUUUUAUGCAGUAGAUUAAUUGACUUUUAAGAUGAAGAAAAGCGAUAAAAAUUUGAGAAAAAAAAACAUGUGUAAGACAUAAGUUGAGACAUAAAAAAUUGUAUAAAAUAUUCUAAAUAAAAAUUCAAGAACUUGCGAUUUUUACACAAGUUCAAAAAAUUUGUAAAUAAAAGAAGAAAAAAAAAGAAAAUUUAUAAUUUUGUAAAGUUUUUUCUCCACACUGCAAAACAUGCAAAAGAAAAGAAAAAGAAAAAAAAAUAUGAAAAAAAUGUGAAAUUCUAUGGAAAUUUUCACAAUCGCGUAUAAAAUAAGUAAAUGAAUAUUGUAAGUUUUAUGAUGAAAAAAAAGUAAAUUUAUUAUAAAAAUUAUCUUCAUGUGUUAAAUAUGCAAUAGGUUAAUUAAUUAAUUAUAAAAAAUGAUACAUCUAGUUAUAACACAAAAGUAUUAUUACAAAAAUACGAUAAAUGAUAAAAAUAAAUGUAAAAUUGAUGUGUUAUGUAAAGAAAACCUCUUUUAUGACUUUACAAUAACCCUCAAGCCACAAUACAAUUAACAAAAAUAUUGAAGAGACAAAUGGUUGAUUUGAGAUAAGAAAAUAUUGUUGUUGAUGAUUGUAAAGUCAUGAAGAA